ACAGGAGUGGCCACAGCCGACCCAAGCGCAUGGGCUUGCGAUCUAUUUCUACACACUGCUUCUGUACUCUUGUCUAUUUUCUCCUCUGCCUUCCAAAACUCUAGCACCCCCGUCCACCUUUGCUUGCCUCCGACAACCCGCCGCCGAUAAUAUAUCCGUGCUCCUGGCCGCCAAAGGAAAACAGGAUGCAGCGAGAUUCGUUUUCCGACGAAAAGAGCCCGAUUGUUCGCCCGCCACAGACGCAGCGGCCCAAGCCGGCCCGGCGGUUCUCUGCGGUCUAUUUUGCCCUCAUAUACCUGUACACGCUUGCCUAUGGGCUGCUGACAAGCGUGCCGCUCCUCGACCGCCUCUUGCAGUACCUUCCAAACCCGCACUCCUUGGUCGGCGACGAAUACCAGCCGAUUACCACUCGGAUACCGUCGGCCAGCACGCCCCUUGGCCGCCAGCCGCGUCGCACAACCUCGCCCCUUGCCCACACAAUCGACGAGGUGCCUGAGCCCUCGCAGAGCACACCACCCCGGCGUCGUGCAUCCUCCGGCUCUACCUCUACGGCCCUGGACGACUCGCUGGCGGUGGUGAAGCGUGCAAACCGCCACUCAAUGCCAGCGGUGCCAAGCACGCCGCCCUCGUCGAUAACGCGCAGCUUCAAGAAGAAAACAUUGGUGCUGGAUCUGGACGAGACGCUGAUCCACUCGUCGCCACAGGGGUCGUACCGGGCACACCACCGGAUCGAGGUCGUGAUCGACAAGGUGGCAUGCCUAUAUUAUGUGUACAAGCGCCCGCACGUCGACUACUUUCUGCGCAAAGUCAGUGAGUGGUACAAGGUUGUGGUGUUUACUGCAUCCCUGGCAGAGUAUGCGGACCCGGUUAUCGAUCUGCUCGAUGCACAGAGAAAGUACAUCUCGGGCCGGUUCUUCCGCGAGUCGUGUAUCCCGCACGACACCAGCUAUGCCAAGGACCUGACAGCCGUCGACCCGGAUCUCUCCCAGAUCGUGCUGAUUGACAACUCGCCGCUGUCGUACUUUAUCAACCAGACAAACGGCAUCCCGAUCCAGCCCUGGGUCAACAGCGACCCAAAGGACGAGGCACUGCUGGAUCUGCUGCCGCUCUUGGAUGCACUGCGCUUCACCGAUGAUGUGCGCUCCAUCCUGUCGCUGCGAAUCGUCUAGCUGCACGUCGGCUCUUAAUCCUUUAUUCAGAACGUCGUCAAUUGAUACGAUUUGUGGCCCUUCUUGAGCAGGUAGUUUUGGUUGUUGAGCUUGUCGAUGACAUCCUGGAAGUUGUUGAAGCGCAGCCCCAUCU